AUGUCAGAUCUUUGUCCUGUUUAUGCUCCAUUCUUUGGAUCCAUUGGUUGUGCUGCGGCCAUCAUCUUUACCUGUUUUGGUGCCGCCUAUGGUACUGCUAAGUCGGGUGUAGGUAUUUGUGCCACCUGUGUCUUGCGUCCAGACUUACUGAUCAAGAAUACAGUGCCUGUUAUUAUGGCUGGUAUCAUUGCUAUUUAUGGGUUGGUGGUGUCUGUGUUGAUCUCUUCAUCGUUGCAACAGAAGCAGGCUUUGUAUACUGGCUUUAUCCAAUUGGGUGCCGGUUUAUCAGUUGGUCUGUCAGGUCUGGCUGCUGGUUUUGCCAUCGGAAUUGUUGGUGAUGCUGGUGUCAGAGGUACUGCUCAACAGCCAAGACUUUUCGUCGGUAUGAUUCUGAUUUUGAUUUUUGCUGAAGUUUUGGGUCUUUACGGUCUGAUUGUUGCUCUUCUACUGAACUCUAGAGCUUCCCAAGAUGUCACUUGUUAA